UCGUGCGGAGCAGACGUGGUUUCGUUGUCGUCGCGGUCGCGGUCGGUUCUGGUCCGGAAGUGUCACUUGGUCGUCGCGGGGGUCGUCCUCCGCUAGGGAAGAGGACACCACACUGCCUGCGCGCAUCUGUCACACAGUGGGUGGAAGGACACACCGCCGUCAGAUUUCGUCACGGAUUUUGGUCAGCAAAAUUUGUCGAUUUCUUCUUAGUGAGAUGUGAAUUUUUAGCCGAGAAUCUAGCCGAAAAGUUGGUGGCGAGAGGAAGAAGAAAACAACAACAACAAAAAACUUGUGUUUGAAGAAAAUGCGAAAAGUGUUGGAAGAAAAGAGAAAAGCAUCAAAAGAGUAUUAAAAAAGUAAAAAUAUCUAUUAAAGUUUAGCGUGAAAGGCAAGAGAGCGAGAGAGAGAGAGGAGGGAAAGGUCGUGAAACACAGUGAAAGAGCCGAAAAUAUGUGUUGUCGCCGUGACAGUCGUGACACGGAGGAGAAGCAGCGAGGGGGGGAAUGAAAAAUGAAGAAGAAUGUUUGGAUCACAUUAUAUAACUUAAAAUAGAAUCCAUCAGAGGUGGCCACGACAAGUGCGAGCGAACGCGCGCGAAAGAGAGAAAACGCGCUCAAACCAAAGCAAGCGUUGUCAUUUUUUUGCGUGUGUGUGUGUGUGUUUGCGGGAAGGAAUUUGGAUAAAUAUCCAAGCAUGCUGUGCGUCGCGUCGCGCCGAGAAGCGUGAAAGUCGCGAAAUAGACGCGCGAUACACGGAGGGAAAAAAUGCACGAGAAGAAUUUAAAGAAGAAGAAGAAGGGAAACGUAACAUCGUUAUCGUUUGAGGUGAAGUGAAGCACGGAGGGAAGAAGAAAACUCUCUCUCUCACUGGAUUGAGGCAGAUCUGGGUUGGUGGUUGAGUGAAAAAUCUACACCAAAAAAAGAAAACAUAAAUAAAUAAAAAGAAGAAAACGCAGCUCCCCAGAAUUCAAUUUGUCUGUGACUUGCACACCGGAUUGAACCAAGGCCUGCUGCGACGAGCAGAACGCUGAGACGACGGAAGGAGCCCGUGCUAAAAUCAAGACAAAUUUCAAUCUAGUCGGCCCCGACACUCGAGACUCCGGGGAUGGUCCCGGAGGGGGCAAGCGGAGGAGGAGGCAUCACCACCAAACGAGCUCGGAAGAAACAGUUGCCGGUGUAGAGACGGGAAGGAAGCGAGGCUGGAAUUUCGAGCAAAGCCUGCAAGCGAGGAGUAACGGUUUUUGAAAAUAUACAGGACAAAACGGAUUCGAGGCCGGGGAGAAGUGGGGGAAGGGGCGUGGCCGCGGAGGAUCGAGAGACAUGAGUGUCCGAGGAUUUAUAGCAGUGCUUCUGGUCGGAAUCAACGUUAUUGCAGCUGGGACGUCCCUGUUGUUCGGCUGUUGCCUGUUGCUGGCCACGGCCACGGGAACGGUCACAUCCACGACUUCCGCCACGUCGUCGCCGCCGGUCCAGCUGCUCGGUGGAAUUCCGCCGGCGGCCGUCACGGAACCGACGCCCAAUGUGGCCGCCGAGCACAUCAUCAACCUGGAGCGGGACGGCGGCGUCAGCUUCAUCGCCCGGAAGGACAUCCGGCCGCAGCGGGCCGUUCCGCCGGAAUACGCCGGAGCGUCCGCGCUCCCGCACUGCGAGUCCUUCACGAUGGGCAACCCGGACCAGAAGAUGCUGUACAGCCCGGGGGCGCCCGGGAACUACCCCAACAACAGUGACUGCGUCGUGGUGCUCGAGGCGCCCGUCGGGUCCCUGGUCCGGCUGGACUUUCGCGACCAUUUCCACGUGGAACCGUCGGACGAGUGUAAAUACGACUAUUUAGAGAUCCGGGACGGUGCGCACGGGUUUUCUACCCUGAUUGGGAAGUACUGCGGAACGACGUAUCCGCCGAUGAUCACGUCCAAGGAGCGGUUUCUGUGGCUGCACUUUCACUCGGACGAGAACAUCGAGUACGGCGGGUUCGUCGUCGUGUACGAGUACGUGCCGAGGCCGACGUCGUCCAUCUACGACGACGAGGGCUGCCGGAUCGAGGUGUCCGGCCUCCAUGAGGGCUUCCUCAACCGGACGGACGUCCCCCGGGAAAAGGAGCAGACCGUCGUCGAGCACGCCCUCUCGCUCGACUGCAUGUGGGUGGUCACGGUGCCGGACGGAUGGAAGAUUCAGCUUUCGUUCCUAAAGUUCAAGCUGGAAAAACCCAACGACUGCGAGAGCAAUUUUGUGGACGUGUUUACCGAGCGGACCGAUCUGCCGUCGAGAUUGAAAAACUUUUGCGGCUCGAUCGCGGACUCGGUCGUGUCCAAGUCGAACGUGCUGCACAUCCGGUUCUUUGCGGAGGCGGCCGCCAUCAACAGCACCUUCUCGAUUCUGUUUACUGCAUUUAGGGAGAAGGCGGCGGGGGAGACUUGCGAUGAUGACGAGUACGAUUGCGAGGAUGCGACCUGCAUCUCGGCGGAUUUGCGGUGCAACGGGCGCAUCAACUGCCGGUUCCGGUGGGACGAGGAUGAGUGUCAGAAACAAGCCCAAGCCCAAUCGGAACACGUUACGAUCAUCAUGGUCGUAUUUGGUCUCAUUUUUGGCAGCAUGGUGAUCGCGUUCGUGAUCAAAAUCGUCCGCAAGAUCGUGCGCGACCACAAAAUCAUCCGCGAACACAUCCGGCAGUCGCGCGAGAGCAAACUCAACGAGCUGGGCCGGCACUCGACGAAGAAGCCGGUCGACCUGGACAUUACCAAGUUUCCGCCGCCGGCCUUCGACAAGGAACCGCCGCUGAACGUGCUGGAGAACGCGGCCAACAGCUACUACCGGGAGGUCAUUUCACCGUCGAUGGGAGGAGGGGGCGGAGGACCGGGUGGGGAACGUGGAGAGAGUGGGGGAAGUGGCGGAGGGGGAAGUGGUGGAGGGGAGGGGAUGUUUAGCAGUAGCAGUAGGAUAGAUUUGAAGAACGAUGCGAACAUCAUCCGGCAGCAGCAGGAACUGCAGGAUAUUCUGAGGAGCAGUUACCAUGCGGUCGGGGACGCGGGGAUGUGCGACAUGGCGUGUCAGACGAGGGAAUCCCUGUUCCAGCCCGUGUUCAAGAACAAGGUGACCCAAUCGCCCAACCCCAACAGUAUACGCUUCUCGACGUUCGGCUACGAAUCGCCGGGAGUCCCAGGUCAAACACCUCCACCCUCCUCCCAGCAGCAGCAGCAGCAACUGCCCUCCGUAACGCCUCCUCCGCCGAAGGUCAAACAUCACCAUCAUCACCACCACCAUCACCAGGGCGGAGGAGGAGGAGGAGGAACGCUCGAUCGGAGUCGGGACCGCAACAAGUUUGAGAUGCAGGACCUCAGCGGGGGCGUUUCGAUUGGGGUGGGCAGUGGCGGCGAGGACGAUCAUCCGGAUGUUCAGCAACAGCAUCAGCACCAUCAGCACCAUCAACAUCACCAGCAUCAUCCGCAUCACCAGAAGGUGGUGCUCGAGCGGGAUCUGCAGCAGCACGAUCCGACGGGGCAGUCCACGAUCCGGAAGUCGGCACCGGACGUGAUCAUCAUGACGUCGUCGCAUUGACUUUAAAGGUUUUUGUUUUUUUUUUACUUUUGUUUUAAAACACGGAAUCGGUUUCCA